CAUUCGUCCUCAUCCCACAAACCCCUGAGCGAGCGACCCACCACACCAGUAACCAUAAUUAACCUCUUCCUCACUGACUGCACCUGCUCUGUCACACCAUUCAUGCCCGUGAUAUCCUGGCUCCACGAGCUCUGCUCCCCCACCUGCUGCCUCGGCGCGCCGUCGUCCCCUCCUCAUCCCCCCGCCGACUCCGACGCCAAGAAAGACGACGCGAUGGCCGCCGCCGCCGAUAACGAGGUGGCCGUCAUCACCCACCGCACCGUCGACGCCAACGGCCUGCGGAUGCACGUCGCGGAGGCCGGCCCGCCCGGCGCGCCCCCGGUGCUGCUCCUCCACGGGUUCCCGCAGGUGUGGUACGCCUGGCGCCACCAGAUGCGCGCGCUCGCCGACGCAGGGUACCGCGCCGUGGCGCCCGACCUGCGCGGGUACGGCGACUCCGACGCGCCCGCCGCCGAGCUGCAGUACACGGCGAUGCACGUCGUGGGCGACCUGGUGGCGCUCCUCGACGCCGUGGUCGGCGCGGGGAAGCCGGUGUUCGUGGUGGCGCACGACUGGGGCGCGCUCACGGCGUGGAACCUGUGCCUGUUCCGCCCCGACAGGGUGAGGGCGCUCGUCUCCCUCAGUGUCGCGUUCACCCCACGGAGCCCCGCGAGGAGGCCCGUCGACGGCCUGAGGGCGCUCUACGGCGACGACUACUACAUCUGCCGGAUCCAGGAGCCUGGAGCGAUCGAAGCUGAGUUCGCACGGCUCGGCACGGAGCUGGUGCUGAGGAAGUUCUUGGCUUACCGGACUCCUGGCCCGCUGAUGAUGCCAAAGAGCGGGUGGGGGUCGCCGGACGACGAGGUGCCAUUGCCGAGCUGGAUAACAGAGGAGGACAUCAAGUACUACGCGAGCAAGUUCGACAAGACUAAUUUCACCGGAGGAUUGAACUACUACCGCGCCCUCAACAAGACAUGGGAGCUAACAGCACCCUGGACUGGAGCUGAGAUAAAGGUGCCAGUGAAGUUCAUUGUUGGAGACUUGGAUUUGACAUAUCAUACUCCAGGCAUUCAGGAUUUUAUUCACAAAGGUGGCUUCAAAAAGUAUGUACCGCUGCUGGAUGAUGUCGUGGUCAUGAAGGGUGUCGGCCACUUCAUCAGUGAAGAAAAGCCAAAGGAAGUUAGUGAGCAUGUAAUCAGCUUCAUAAGAAAGUUAUCGGCUGAAAUGUGAUUAUUCAUCAUGAAAUUCAGAGUGAGAUAAAAAUAAUUGCAAUGUAUUCUUGCGUGCGAACCGUAAAGUAUGUUAGCUUGCAUUUGGAGGAUGUGGGGCGCGUAAUGCUCAUGAAUUGGUGCAAUUAGUAAAGUGUUCGAUUUGUACACAUCAUGAAGUCUAUAAUUGUCAUAUGCAAUAUUAAUUGGUUAUGUUAAUUGUUCGAA